AUGUGCGAUGUAGACGUCAACCACUCGCAUGCGGUUUUCAAGAUAUUUUCCGUUGAACCCGACAUCAAAGAUCGAGAAUGCGAGAAGGAACCUUGUGUCCCUUUCUUCCUUCUCCCUGUUGCUGUACGCGAAAUGGGUUAUUACCCUAUUCGCUCACAGAUUGAAUCCUUCCUGGAACGUAUUCCGUCCCCUUCGAAGAAUGGAGUAAAUUUUUCUCAAUUUUUGCAGCUCUGUGAGGAACUCGUAGGCACACGAGAUAUGUGUAUGGCGGCUGUGCAUCAAUUCGUGUACCAACUAGAGAAUAUUAAGCCGAGUGGCGUGUUCACCACUCAGGAGCUGCUUAAAAUACUAAAUCUAUCAGCUUAUUCGAUGACUCGUGAUGAGAUUGAGGCGGUAGUUGAUUUGCUGGAUCCGAUGAAAACCGAUCGCAUCUCUUUAAAGUCAUUAGCGAUUGUGUUGCUGCGACAUCAGCGCCCAUUAAGUGAAAUGUCCUGCCGAGACAUUAUUUCAGGGAGCACUAAUGCUCAGUUAUCUAAAGGUAAACGUUCAGCGAUACUCUCUGCUAAGCUUCCGAAGGAUUCAUUGGAUUGUACUCAUGAUAAUGCUUUUCAGCCGUCUCGAUUCUCUAAACACAAGGCUUCCUACCUACCUAUAACACCUUCAUCCCAUCAGAGGGAGAUAUCCCACAAAGAUGGGCAAGAGUCUCAGGGAAGCCGCAGCCUUCAGCAUAGUGACUUUAAUCCGCGCAUAGCAUCACAUGUCGAUUUGAAAGCUUCACCGGCCUCAAGGCGUCACUUUACACGUAGCCCAACGGAUAUGAGCGUGACAGUAGACUCCUCAGUAGGGUCUGAGAGGUUAAAGAAGUGUCCCGAUAUUUCACUUUGUGAUAGAAACAACAAUAUACCAAAAUUAGACCCGUUGGGUGAAACAACUGCUAAUACUUUUGAUAGCUUGAAUAAGGAUAGGAUGCAGAAUUCUUCAACGCGAAGGAUUUGUGAUUUAUCUGGUGCUACUUCUAGCAUGGGAGCCCCUUCUAUAUCAAAAUACAAAAAUUAUGAAUCACAAGUAAGGAAACAAAAGAAUGGCCGAGCGGGGUGUUGUGCUGUAUGUUAA